AUGGCGGUGGAGAGCCCCAGCGUGCCUCCGCCCAGCAGCCCCCACGCCAGCCCCCCGGCCCCCUCUCCGGCCGCCGCCGCCGCCAACCCCCUGCUCCUGCACGGCCCUCUCGGCAGCCCGGGCCUCGGCGGCGCUGGCGCCCGGCCGCUGCAACAACACCUCCUCCUCCUCCACGGGCCCGGCCCGGACGAAAGGGAGGAUGGUGAGUUGGAAGAAGGAGAGUUGGAAGACGACGGGGGUGAGGAGCCCAACGGUGCUUCAGAGACCCAUGAGAAGAGCAGGAAGGAAAAAAACGAGAAGCACCACAGCGACUCAGAGGAAGAAAAGAUGCACCGGAGGAAAAGGAAGCGUCGGAAAGAGAGAGAGAAGGAGAAGCGGAGAUCGAAAAAGAAAAGAAAAUCAAAACACAAACGCCACGCCUCUUCCAGCGAAGACUUCUCCGACUACAGUGAGGAUUCUGACUUCAGCCCAAACGAAAAGGGGCACCGGAAGUACCGGGAGUACAGCCCCCUCUACUCCUCUUCCCAUCAGCAGUACUCAUCAUCUCACAGUGCCCCAAAGAAGGGGUAUCCUAAAAUGGAGAACAAGAGCUACCCCCCCUACGAAGAAUAUGAGAACGAGGGCUACUGUGACUACGAGGCGGAGGAGGAGGAGGACAUGGGGAAAGAAGAGUAUGAUGACUUUGCAAAGGAGCUGAACCAGUACCGGAGAGCAAAGGAGGGGACGCACAGAGGCCGAGGUGGCCGUGGUCGAGGCCGAGGUUACCGUGGACGCGGAAGAGGUGGAAUGAGAGGACGAGGCAUGGGCAGGAGCAACCGAGGCAGGGGAAGGGGAGAGCAUCCUGAGGAGGAGGAGGGGGAAGAAAUUUACGACGAGGAGAUGGAGUUCUGCGAAGGAGAGGAGCCCAUGGGGGAGGAAGACUACGAUGAUUAUUCCAAAGAGCUGAACCACUACCGCAGAAGCAAAGAAGGAAGGGGGAGAGGCAUGGGCCGUGGCCGAGGCCGUGGCUCCAGGGGACGAGGCAAGGGGAUGAGCCGUGGACGAGGUCAUCGUGGCAGAUCAGGCCUAGGCAAAGCGGGGGGGCUCAAUGAGGAGGACGACUACUAUGAAGAUGACCUGGGGGAUGGAGGUGGUAGCUGUGGGAAUUACAGGCGGAACGAUCAUGAGAAAUCUCACCAGCAGUCAGAUAAGAAAGGAAAAGUUGUCUGCAAGUAUUUUGUGGAAGGAAGAUGCACUUGGGGGGAACACUGCAACUUUAGCCAUGAUAUUGAGCUACCAAAGAAGAGGGAACUCUGCAAGUUUUACAUCACUGGUUACUGUGCCAGGGCGGAGAAUUGUCCCUACAUGCAUGGGGACUUCCCUUGCAAACUAUUUCACACCACUGGGAACUGCAUUAACGGAGACGACUGCAUGUUCUCGCACGAACCACUCACCGAUGAAACUCGGGAACUCCUGGAUAAGAUGUUGGCUGAUGAUGCAGAAGCCGGAGCAGAGGAUGAGAAAGAAGUGGAGGAGUUGAAGAAACAGGGCAUCAACCCAUUGCCCAAGCCACCUCCUGGGGUGGGAUUGCUGCCCACUCCCCCACGUCCCCCAGGGCCCCCAGCUCCAACUUCCCCUAAUAGCCGCCCCAUGCCCGGAGGUCCCCCUGCCCCGCCCCCGCCUCUUCCCCCACCAGGGCCACCGCAGAUGCCUCUUCCAAUCCACGAGCCACUCUCACCUCAGCAGCUUCAGCAGGACUUGUACAAGAAGAUCCCUUCCCUCUUUGAGAUUGUCGUGAGGCCUACAGGGCAGCUGGCGGAGAAGCUGGGGGUGAGGCACCCUGGUCCAUCCCCACCUCGGUUCCCCGGGCCUGGGCAUCCAGAGCUGCCUCCCGACAUGCCCCCUGACAUGCUUCCGGACCUAUGUCCGGACAUCUGCCCUGAUAUGCCAAUGGGCCCAGGGAUGAACCCUGGCCCUCCGUUGGGCCCUGGACCCCCCAUGAUGCCCUUUGGGCCUGAGGAGAUGCCCCCCGGCCCCCCAACACAGGACUUCUAUGACAACUUCUACCUGCACCCGGAAGGUCUGGAGAUGGAUCCCAGCCUCAUGGCUGGCCCAGGCAAGUCUCAAGGCUACCCGGGCUAUGAGGAGCUUCCUGGGGAAGGGCUCUUCCCCGACCCUUCCCUGGAGCCAGAUUCCUUCUGCGAUGGAGGCAUCCCAAGGCUGCAAAAGCCCUCCAGCGGCAUCCCAGACUUCCUGCCUUCCACCCAGAGGGCUCUCUACCUUCGCAUCCAGCAGAAGCAGCAGGAAGAGGAGAGGGCUCGCCGGCAGGCAGAGAGCUGCAAGCAGGACCGAGACCACGAGGAAGGUGAUCCUGGCAACUGGUAUUCCAGUGAUGAGGAUGAUGGAGGCAGCAGCAGCGUCAGCUCCAUCCUGAAGACUCUACGGCAGCAGAGCUCCAGCAGACCCCACGAAGACCCUUCUGGAAACGCCAUUCCUGCCUCAGGCAGGAGUGAUCCUCGCCUUCAGAAGAGCCGGCCAGCCGAUCCUCGCCUUCUGCGUGACCCCAGGCUUUCUCGAAACCUGGAGUCUUCUGGAACCGGAGAUGCCGGGCCCACCGAUCCACGGCGGGCACGGCACGUCGCAGCCUCUGCCCCCAAAGCAGCAGAAGUUCUCCAUUCGAGCCCUUCGAUCAGCCAGAAGGCUGUUCCUGUCCCAGAGGAAGAAGAAGGAGAGAGGGCCCUGCGGGACAAACCGGUCACUAUCCCUCUGGACACCCUGCCGAACCACUCGCUGAGGGACCCUCGCUGCCAGUUGCAGCAGUUCAGCCACAUCAAGAAAGACGUGGUCCUGCUCAUGCCCAGUUUUGCACGCAUGGUGCUCUGGAGCCCCGAAGACUUGAUCCCCCUACCUGUUCCUAAGCAGGAGUCAGUUCCUGUCCCAGCUGCUCUCCAGGCCCAGCCUGCCCUCGAUCCACGCCUGAACCGACCUCAGAACUCCAGCCUCUCUGACCCCAGGCAGCGGGCUGGGUCCCAGCCAGAACCCUCUGCCGGUCCCGGCUCCAGCCUUCCGGAUUUUGAGCUGCUAUCCAGGAUAUUAAAGACCGUCAACGCAGCAGGCAGUCCUGGGCAGAGUGACAAGCCAAGCGACCCCCGCACGCGGAAGGUGCCCGUGGACCCCCGCUUGCCCAAGGCUCCCGAGCCAGGAUCCUCGGGGACCACAGAGCAAGCAGAAAUCAGCUCCCCGCUAGGAGGGGGUGCAGAGGCUGCAGCCAGCAUAGCCCCUUAUGAUCCCAGGCUGCUGACCGCAGGAGGGUUGAGCAGGGGCCCUGGCCAAAGCAGCGUCCUGAGCGGGAUCAGCCUUUACGACCCGAGGACCCCAAGCCCCGGCUGCAAGUCGGCUGAUUCUGCCGGCGAAGGAAGUCCAGCCACCAAGAGCGGCGAAGGCAGCAAAGGCGGCGGUGGCAACAGAGGAAAGGAGCCGCUGUUUGUGCGCCGGUCAGCUUUGGACCAGCUGGAAGCCGAGAAGCCCAGCCCAGAGCCCGCGAGUGACCGCUACAACAGCUAUAAUCGGCCACGGCCCAAGGCGGCCCCCUCUGCUCCUGUUUCCACUGCGCCUGCUGCAGAGACAGCUGUCACUCAGCCUGGCGUCCACCAUCUCCCAGUGCCACCCGUGUAUGGCCUGGUGAAACAGGCGGCCAAGUCUGGGGCAGGCAGCCCUUUUGCAGGGAACAGCCCUGCCCAGGAAGGGGAGCUGCAGGAUGCGGGCUCUCUGAAGGACGUUUUUAAAGGCUUCGACCCGACGGCCUCCCCGUUCUGCCAGUAGUAUUAAAAGACUUGUACGUGCAGCCUUGUGUCCGAAAGCAGCAGCAGUGUUCUUCACUUUUUAAAAAUUCCAUGAAUUGCCAUUGACUGUGUACCUCCAUCUUUUUGAGCUUUGCUGAGUGUAAUCUCCAAGCGACCGUGUAGGAAAGUCACAGGGGUCCUGAGCCACCCCAGGCAGUAUUGUGUCAUGGCCCCUGCGUUGGCUUCCGUUGCGGAUUGAUCUGAGGUCCACUCGGAAUCCUUCAGUGUCUUCAAACCUGCUCUGGCUGGUUCUGCCAGCCCUUCCCUCCUCCUUUGCACAGUGGCUGGGCCAUGUCUCCAUCCCCCCCUGCUUCUCCUCUUCAGGUAUUUAUUGUCUGUCGAAUGGAGGAUGAAAGGAUAUGUCAGUUUCUUAGCGUGCCCUAUGAAGGGGUGAAGCUGUCAGCCAUGCUGAUCUGUAGAAUAUAUCUAUCUUUGUUUCUAAACUGUAACAAUAUAUGUGUAUCAUAGCCUUUUUUAAAAAAGAAUCUAGCACAGCAAAAAUUAUUAUGGAGAAGUAACCAUGAUGAAUUAUUUUUGUAACUCUAUUGAAUUUUGUUUUAAAUAUCCUUCUGCCGUUUUCUUGGGUUGCCGGAUUCGGAUAUGAUGCAGCCAGGCUAUAACAGGCUGUUUCGGUCUCUGGUGGGUGGCCUCUUGAAGAAGUGAUGCCUUCCACCAAAACAGAGUUUGUAGUAUUGAAAUUAAAUUAUUAAUAACACUAAUUUGCUUGUAUGUCUCCUGCACUCCUCUAAAAAGCAAAUGGAACCCCCCCGGUGUUCAGAAAUGAGAGGUUUGUCAUUCCCGCAAAGAAGCAUUUGUUUC